UAAAAACAAUAAUAAUUAUAAUGAUAAUUACAAUACAACAACCAAAACAAAAUGAAUGUGCAAUAAUUGAUGAAUUUAUUCUGGAUGAAGAAAUCAUUCGUAAUAUGGUUAAAACAUUCGGUCGUGAAUUAUCAAGUGUUGGUACGGAACAAACAUGUUUAGGUAAAAUUGAAGAAAAUUUUCAACGUUUUAGUCAAGAAGUACAAUGGUUUGAUGGUAAUAAAAUGAUGGAUGAUAUGCGUAAUGAUGUUAUGUAUAUGUUUAAUUGGAAAAAACAUUCAGUUGAACGUAUUGCAAAUGAAAGUGAACGUAUUGCAUCAAAUCAUACAUAUGAUAAAAAUAUUGAAAUUGAUUAUUAUAAUGUUAAAAGUAUUGAUUUAAAAGAUGAUCAACAAUAUUAUUUACGUUCAAUUGAUUCAACAUCCAGGCCAAUUAGAUUGGUGAAGAAUUCAAAUUUUGAUAAUGCAUAUGUUAAUUUGGAUCAUAGUGCAAUACAUGUACCAAUAAAUGUUUAUGAUAAAUCACCUGAUGUUGUUAAUGAUAUAAAAUGGUCUGAACAUUUAACACAAUUUUUUAAAAAUAAUCUAGCAUUUGAUCCAAGUUUAUCGUGGCAAUUUUUUGGUUCGGCAAAAGGUUUUCUUCGGUUGUAUCCGGCAACAUCAUGGCGUGAACCAAAAAAUUAUACCGAUCGUUCGUUAAUCGAUUUUUAUGAUUGUCGUAUGCGUCCAUGGUAUAUAAAAGGUGCUGCAUCACCAAAAGAUAUUGUUAUUUUAUUGGAUACAAGUGGUUCAAUGACUGGUGUACGUAAAAGUAUUGGUCAAAGUGUUGUUGAAUAUAUAUUGGAUACAUUAACUGAUGAUGAUUAUGUAGCAGCGUUAAAAUUUUCCAAAACAGUACAACCAAUACAUUCUUGUUUAGAUACAUUAGUACAGGCUAAUCGUAAAAAUAUUCGUGAAAUUAAACAAAGCCUAACGGAUAUUAAAACAAAUGAAUUAGUUGAUUUUACUGUUGCCCUAUCCGAAGCAUUUACAAUAUUACAAAAAUUUAAUCGUUCUGGUUAUGGUUCACAAUGUAAUCAGGCAAUAAUGUUAAUAACUGAUGGUGCACCUGGUACAUAUGAAGAUGUUUUCCGGCAAUUUAAUUGGCCAAAUAUACCUGUACGUGUUUUUACCUAUCUAAUUGGACAAGAUGCAACAUCACAUAAUGAAGUUUAUUGGAUGGCAUGUCAUAAUCGUGGUUAUUAUACACAUGUUAUGAAUCGUGCUGAAGUACAUGAACAAGUACAAAAAUAUAUACCAGUAAUGUCUCGACCAAUUGUUUUAUCAGGUGAACGUGUAUUUAGUUGGACACCAAUUUAUGCACCAACAUAUGAAACUGAAUUAAAUGAAAAUACAUGGAAAAAUAAACAAAAUUAUGAAAAAAUUAAUCGUCUUCGUGCACAGGCAAGAUAUGCACAUGAAGAAUUAAUGGAUAAUAAUUUGAAUGAUGAUAACAUUGAUGAUGAUGAUGAUCAAAAUAAUAUCGAAGAUCCCGAAUCAAAUUCAUUUACAUCAACCAUCGAUAGUCAUCGUCAAAAGCGUCAAGAUGAUGAUAAUAAUCAUCAACAAAUGAAUAAUAAUGGUGAUGAUGAUGGUAUAAUAUCAAUACCAUAUAAACAAAUACCAUUACGAUGGAAAAAUUUUAAGAAAAAAAUUUCCCUAUAUACAACAUUAUCAACACCAGUAUUUGAUACAAGAAAUUAUACAAAUAUAACCAAAAGAAUAUUAAUAAAAAAUGUUUAUCAAGAUGCUGAAAUUGAAACAAUACGUAUUGCAAAUCUAUUAGGUGUUGCCGGUGUUGAUAUACCGAUAAAAGAAAUUGAAAAAUUAACACCAUCAUUUAAACUUGGUGUUAAUGGUUAUUCAUUUAUGAUUACAAAUAAUGGUUAUUUAUUAAAUCAUCCGGAUUUACGUCCAUUGUUUGAAGGAUUUCUUAAACCAUUCUAUCAUUCAGUGGAUAUGUCUGAAGUUGAAUUGGCCAACAAUACACUUGGUCCAAGAGAACCUGAUCCAAAUAUUGAAUCAAUACGUGGUAAUAUGAUCAAUCGUACACAAGGUUGGAAAAAAGUUGCCGUCAAAAUACAUAUCGAUGAAAUGAAACGUGUUAUAACACGUAUAAAUCAUUAUACAUAUGGUAUGAUUGGUCAAACACCAUUUAGUCUUGCCAUUGCAUUGCCCGAACCAUAUGGUUCAUAUAGGUUGACUUCACAGGUUGAUCUACGUAUGAAAUAUCGUGAAGAAAAUUUCACCCAUUAUUUUCGUGGCAAUCAAUGGCGAGUACAUCCUGAAUGGGCAUAUUGCGAUAAUCCACAUCAAAUAACCGGCCAAUCAUCAUCACAUCAAUCAUCAUCAUCAUUUUCAUCACCCGAAGAAUCAAUUUUACAAUUUUUAACAAAUGAUUUGGAAAAACAAAAUUUUCGUUGGCGUACAAGUAGUAUACGGCCAAAAGUUUAUGAAACAAUUCUUUGUGAUAAAGAUCUAAUACAAAGUUUAGUAUUGGAUGCAAAUCUUACGGAUAUACCAACCGAAAGCUGUAGUUCAAAUCCAAAUUAUCGAGAUCCGCUUACAAUAUUCAUUUCGUUGAUGCCAAGUGAACAACGAAUCAAAACAUUUGGUAUUGUAUCAACAUUUGUUGCAACACGUAGUGGUUUAACACGUUUUAAAGAUUAUCGUUCAAAAGAUGAAAUUAAAAUGUUAGAUGAUCUGCCAUUUUAUCAUAAAUAUGAUAGAGCAAUCGAAGAAACCUAUUAUAAACGUACUGUAGAUUUUUAUACAAAUAAUAAAGAUGCAUUUGUUUAUUUUGUUGAUUUUGAUGCUGGUGAACAACAUGAACGACGUGUUGCAACAACACAUUCACGUUAUGAUUCAAAUUUUCUUGUUACAGCAACACAUGCAUUGUUUAUUGGUAAUCUAAAACAUAGUACACCAGUGGCUGUUGUUGGUAUACAAUUUCGUUAUGAUACAUUACAAGAAUUUUUCCUGAAUACAACCAAUAAAUUUAAUGUACCUUGUACACAUUUAGAUGUUGAUUGUUAUCUAAUUGAUAAUAAUGCAUUUAUUGUAUUAAGUAAUCAUAAAACAAAUGAUGUUGGAAAAUUUUUUGGACAAAUUGAUGGUGAUAUUUUAGAAGAAUUAAUUAAUGAUGGUAUUUAUCAACGUGUACAUCUUUAUGAUUAUCAAUCAAUUUGUUUGGAUGCUGAAAUUAUUUCUGGACCAUCAACUAAUCCGUUUAUAUAUUCAAUUGUAAACAUUAUGGGAAAAAUGAUUAGAUCAUUUUUUCAAUGGUUAAGUUUAAUUUAUUUGAAUAUUUUAUAUGGUAUUGGUAAUUUAUGGAUAAGGGAUUGGUGGAUAAUGGCUGAAAAAACAUAUAAUGUACGACAAGAUAAUUGGAUGGAAAUGAUAUCACCAUUUGGUUCAGAAUAUACAAUGAUUACCGAUCUAGGUGAUAAUCAAACAAUAGCACGUCCAUGCGAUAAAGAAUUUGAUCUUUAUGAAAUGAUUAAUUUUUCAUUGGAUGGUAAAUCAAAAGAUAUUGUUUGUGGACAAAAUCCUAAAUGUUCGAGAAAUUAUCUCGCUCAAUAUAUACCGCAUACAAAUCUUUUACUAAUCAUAUCGGUUAAUAAUCCAACAUGUAAUUGUCAAAAGAAAAAAUUAUCAAUUGAACCAAAUGAAAUAAAAUAUAAUGAUGAACAACAAUGUCAAUUAUUAAAACAGGAAAAAUAUCGUCGUCGUCCUUCAGGUUGUCAUAAUUAUCAUCCACAGGAAAAAGAAAUACGACAAUGUGGUCGAGCCUAUACAUUAUUAUCAUCUUGGUUAUUAUCAUCAUCAUUAAUAUCAUCGAUAAUAAUGAUAAUUAUAAUGAAAAUAUUUACCUAAAACAAAAAAUUGAAUUCAUUUGCAUCAUUAUCAUCGUCAACAUCAUUAUCAUCAACAAAUGCAAUACCCUUUCGUUUCUUUUUUCAUUUCAUUUUCUUGGUUGUUUGUUAUAUAGAAGAUUAACUAAUGAGAGUUAUGUAACCAAAAACAAAAACAAGUUUUCAGGUUUUUCUUUUUUCUAUUUGUAAUUUCGCUUCUUUCUUCCUUUCUGGUCAGUGAUAAAUUUCAUAUUUUAAAAAAACAACCGAAAAAACCGAAAAAA